AUGCCGUUUGGAAUUUCUCAUGAUAUUAUUCUUACAUUAGCGCGCUGGAGCCUUCAUGGAUUUUUUCGAGACAUAAAGUUAGUUGGACAGGAAAACGUGCCAAAGGAAGGGCCUCUUAUUGUUUGCUCUACACAUAGUAACAUGAUUGUCGAUGCGGCGGUUUUAGCAGUCACAUUUCCACAUAAACGCAAACUUCACUUUUGGGCAAAAGAUUCGAUAUUCGCCAAUAAAUAUUUCCAAGCAAUCCUAAAAGAUUCUGGCGUGGUGCCGGUUGAUCGGACUACAAAGAAUAAUCAGCUGUUAUUUUCGGCUACGGUUGAUGUGUUAAGAUUGGGAGAGGUGGUUGCAGUGUUUCCUGAAGGCACAUCACAUUCAGAGUCACGGCUACUUCGUCUAAGAGAUGGUGCAUCAUGGGCUGCGUUAGCAUACGCAAAACGUGUCAGAUCAGAACAAAUCAACGGAAUAUCUCCUGAUGAAGACGAAGAUGACACUAAUAAAUUACGAGAGAAGAAAGUUGAGCCAAAGUAUAGUCAUUUACCGCUGAUGAUGGUUCCAGUGGGAAUAACCUAUGUUCAGAAAUCAAAGUAUCGGAGUUUAGUUAUCGUUUCACAUGGUCCACCGAUCGAUGUUGAACCCUAUUUCAAUGAUUUCGAGAGAGAUGAUCGCACGACCGUUAAAUUAUUGACUCGGCAGAUUGAAGAAGAGAUGGAGAAAUUGACGAUAAAUGCUAAAGAUUGGGAAACAUUAAAUGCUGCAAAUAUGGCACGUCUACUUUUAUUCUCUGAUGAUAAAGACGUGGCACCUGAAGAUUACGUGAAAAUAACACAAAGCCUCGUAAACUUUUUCACCACAACCGAAGAAGCAUCAUCACUAAAAACCAAUCUCCACCAAUAUAAAACCACAUUGGACUCACUAAAUCUAAACAACAUCGACAUAGCACGUUACGAAACGCGCGAACUCACCACCCAUUGGGCACUAUACACCUUCGUAACCGAGGCCUGUAAAUCACUGAUUCAACUCCCGUUCUUCCUACCGGGACUAAUGUUCCAUUGGCCAAUCUAUAUUCUGGGGAAACUCUCUGCGCGAUAUGAAAUCUACGAGGAGAAUAAAGCGCAGAAUAAGAUUAUCUUGGGGUUGGCGUGGCUGGUGUUGGCGUAUCUUUUCUUGUUUUUCGUGAUUUGGAUCGCGAUGCUCUUUACCCCGUUGGGGCUUAUUUUGGCUGGUGGUUUUGUGUUCAUUUUUGCGUGGUAUCAUAUUGCAUUAGUAGAUAGUCAUUACGACACAUUCAAAGACGUCCUCUCAUCGUAUUGUAUAUUCACAGCACUAAUAAGCGGUAAAGGAAGUGACGCCCGCGAAAAAGUAGAAUCUCUUGUAUCGAUGCGUCGUACAUGUUUUCGAAACUUGGCAAGAAUCGGAGAAGAGUAUCGGGAAAAGAGUGACGACCUACGAUACGUGUUUGAGUAUCGUAAACGUGGUUUAGGUGGUGGUAAAGGUGCCGCGUACCUACAAAGGAAUGGGUACACUCCGAAUACUAAUGGGACUACUACCAGUGGAAAUCCUUUACAAAUAAUGGAGGCGAGUACUUCCUCUUCGUCUGCUGUACUCGGUGCACAGCAACCACUGGCGCCACCUCUUCUUUCUUCUACUCAAUCACAACUACAACAACAGCAAGCUCGGGCGGGCGACUCGCAAAUAUACAAGGCUACGUAUUCGGGUGUGCCCGUUUGGGAGAUGAGGUGUAAAAACGUUGCCGUGAUGCGAAGAAAAUCUGAUGGCUGGUUAAAUGCCACCCAAAUCCUAAAAGUUGCCGAGUUUGAUAAACCACAUCGAACAAGAAUCUUGGAACGCGAAGUGCAAAAGGGUGAACACGAGAAGGUGCAAGGAGGGUACGGAAAGUAUCAAGGAACGUGGGUUCCACAUAAAACCGGUGUUAGCCUUGCAGAGAAAUACAAUGUAAAAGAAUUAUUAGCCCCGAUUUUCGAUUAUGAUCCAUCGGCAUUAGCAAGUCCACCUCUUGCACCCAAACACAUCACCGCUGCAUCAAGUAAACCACGAAAACCACGCGAAAAUUUGUCGAUUGACACAGAUAUCGAAACAAACACAAACGAGGGGGAGGCAAUUAGUCGUCGACAAUCCGAGCAUAACGGUCGACCGCAAAAAAUUAUCAAAACUGUUUCUGCGACAGCACGCCAAUACGGAGAACAGAUGCUUAAAUUUUUUACGGCUCGUUCAUCCAUUCCAAUUCCAGAGUUUUUGACACAUCCACCGGCAGAUUUUGAUCCUAAUGUUAAAAUAGAUCAACAAGAACAUACGGCGCUUCAUUGGUCAGCAGCGACCGGAAAGAAUCAAAUUGCCAGAAUAUUAAUACAAUCAGGUGCAGAAAUCUCUCCCGGUAAUAUACGAGGCGAAACACCUCUUAUGCGAAGUGUUGUGUUUCCAUAUUGUUACGAUAGUCAAGGAUUCCAUGAAUUGUUGAACUUGUUACGAGAUUCCUUACUUCAUCAUGAUUACAGUAAUCAAACGGUGUUGCAUCAUGUUGUUAAUUAUGCUGGCACAAAAGGGCGAGAUCGUCCGGCAAAGUAUUAUAUGGAAAAUCUUCUCAAUCAACUCGCGGCGCAACAAUCCGAAGAAUAUCGAAGCUAUUUCGUCAACUUGCAGAAUAACAAGGGUGAUACUGCACUGAAUAUUGCCGCUAGGAACGCCAACAAAAAACUAGUGAAACUAUUACUAGAUGCCGGUGGUGAUCCUCAAAUACGAAACUUGGAAAAUAAGAAUGCCGAAGAUUACAUUCUUGAACAUGAAGCUGAGGCGGCACGACUACGUGAAAUCGAGCUGCAAAAGCAAAAGUCAACACACACCGGGAUUUUGGAAUCUUCCGCGUCUACGGUUCGACCUAAUGCACGUAAUCGAUUAAUUCCCAGCGCUAAUGCCAUUUUACAAGAUUUUCAAGAAUGCUAUGAAGCGAGAUUACUAGGAAAAAAGAAAGAGUUGAUUGCAGUCCAGUCUGAUUUACAGGCUGUAAAAUGGAAUAUCGAGGUCGCUAAUAAUAGUCUAGAAGAAACAAAAACAAUCACAGAUAAACUACCUGAACUGAAAGAACAGGAAACUGAAUUGGGACGUUUAGUGAAAGAAAAACUUGAUUCACGGUAUGCUGAACGAAUUCAAAUUUCAUACGAAUCAGAAUUGAAGAACAAAAAUGUCAAUCCUAGUGUAGAUUCCACAAACUUGGCUGAGCUCCGAGAAAAAGUUAAUGCAGCGGAAAAAAAUUAUCAAAUGUCGAUCGGAACGGUGCUCAAUACCAUGAUGGCUAGUGAAACAAAGCUAGCUAAAUAUAAAAGAUUAAUAGAAAAUUGUUCAGGGAUUGAUUCUCAAAAAUUCUUGGAUAAAAUUGGAGUUGUGCUUGAGAAUCUUCCUGAACAAUAA